GAUUAUAGUUACAGUAUAACUGCAAAAGAAAUUUAUCUUAUCGUUAAAAUGGUAUAUAAGUAUACCGACAAAAGUCAGGCGCUUUAAAAGCAGUUGAAUGUUCUGCAGUGUUAACAACAAUUAAGCAUGGAGAUACGCGUUCUAAUUGGUGCCUUGCUUGCCUGCACCGUUGCUGGGCUUCCAGUGAAAGAGCAGGUGGUUCCUGACGAUAUUUUUACUUCACUGGAUUACGAAUUAUUUCAAGAUAAAGUAAUGUACGUAUACGACGACAACGAGAACUUGGUGAAGCUAACAUUGGACGACGCCGGGAACGACGAAGAUGGAGACGACGGCGAUAUCGCAAGCCGUGUCUUAUUCUAUCUGUAUAAUAAAGACAAUGUUAACGAUCCGAAGCAACUCUACGUCAAUGACGAGGCUGCUCUAAAGAACAGCAACUUCGAUCCUGCGAAACCAACGCGUUUUAUAACUCACGGAUGGACGAAUUCUCGCAAAAGCGCAGCAUGCACUUUAGUUCGCGACGCUUAUCUUGGGCAUAAAGAUUACAACGUGAUCGUCAUCGACUGGAGGUCAAUAAGUAGGAGGCCCUAUGUUUGGGCCAGCAAGCGUGUCCCGCUGAUCGGUCAAUUCGUCGCCACUAUGAUCAAUUUUCUCGUGAAGCAUGGAAUGGAUUUGUCGCACACCGUACUGGUCGGCCACUCUCUUGGUGCCCAUAUAGUUGGAAUCGCUGCUCGCAACGCUGACAGCGAUAUCAGUUAUGUCGUGGGACUAGAUCCAGCUUUACCCGGCUUUAGUCGAGCCGGUCCAGGAUCCAGGAUAUCGGUCGGCGAUGCGAAGUACGUGGAGAUUAUUCAUACUAACGGUGGUCGCCUCGGUUUCUUGACAGCCAUCGGAGAUGUCGAUUAUUAUCCCAACGGCGGCAAAAGGCAGCCUGGCUGUCGAGUGGAUCCCGCCGGCGCGUGUUCCCAUGAUCUCGCGUUCAAGUACUUCGCCGAGUCUAUCAACAGCGAGGUAGGAUUCUACGGGAAGAGGUGCACUAGUUUCCAUCGAUUUAUAACGGGCCUGUGCAAAAACUCGCACACAUCCAUCAUGGGCGGUCACAAGCCGCUCUUCAGCGCCCACGAUACCUACUACCUAAAUACCAAUCCGUCGUCCCCGUUCGCGAGAGGGCCGCUCGCGAUGCGGCGCUGAUGAGCGCCUGGAGAGCGAUCUUGAAGGAUCGGCCAGACUAGAUGAUCAGCCGUCAGCGAAGAUUCUGCACCCAGAUAUUCAGCGAAGGAAUGUAGACGUAGGGCUCCGUCAACUGUCACUAUUAUUCAGCGAAAGACAGUUGACGUAGCCCUACGUCUACUUUCCUUCGCUGAAUACUUUAACAUGAAAUAGUGACAGUUGACGUAGUUCUACGGUGUUGUUUGCGGCACAGUCGUCACUGUGCCCGUUUUUUUUAGCUCAUAAAUUUUUCUCUCUAAGAAAUUUCUUAAAUUAUUAGCAUGUAAUGAAUUGGCUUCCUUCUCUAGGAAACUUUAUAAGCUAAAUAAAAUGAUGUGGAAGCAAUAUGCAAGUCU